CGCAAGACCAACCACCCAGCUGCGGCUGCAAACGACCACGAAAGGCAACUGACCCAGCUCCCUGUUGUCGCACUGUCUCUCAUCGCACGUUGCUGUCCAUCAGUUUCAUUGUUCGACUGGCGAGGAGGUUGCUUUGCGAGCAUUUGAGCAAGCACAAGUAGCAAUGUCGUCCAAAGUCAGCGCCACUGCUGGCGCUAUUCCCAUCAAGAAUGAAAAGGGCGAGAUUGUGAUGCAAAAGGUCAAAGUACAAAGGUACAAGGCCGGCAUGCGCCCGAGCUAUGCGCGCGACGACGAUGAUGACGAGUAUGAUUCCGACGAAGUCUUUGUAUCGGACAGGCGCACAAAGAAGAAGCAGACCACGUCACAGCCGCUUACCAUGGACCUUGAUCGCGAGGUGAAGACGUCUGACGACCGGCGGUUGCAGCGGCUGCGUCAGGCGCACGUGCCAACCGACAGAGCAGCCCGCCUGGCCAGACUCAGGCAACGCGAGGCCGAGAGUGAUGACGAGGGGCAGGAAGGGGUGCAGCACCGCCGCCCUGCCGUUGCGGAGGUUGUGGAGGAAGAGAGCGAGUCAGAAUCAGAGGACGAGGAUGCAAUCGCAGCGCGGCGAGCAAGGCUUUUGGCAAGGGCACGGGAGCGAGCAAAGGAGGUGGAGGAAGAAACAGACUUGCUGGAUGAGGAGGUUGCGUCGUCGCGUCCGGCGGUGCAACGGCUGCGCAUGAAACCGACAGCAGAGGUCGUUGGCAGCAGCGACGACGAGGACGAGGACACCGAACGACAGGCACGGCGACCACGUGCAGGCAGUGGCGGUGGCGGUGAUGAUGAUGAGAGUGACGAGGAGAGCAGCGAGUACGAGUCGUACACAGAGUCUGAGAGCGAAGACGACACGCGGCCCAUAUUCAAACCCGUCUUCGUCAAGAAGGACAAGCGGUUGACCAAGUUGGAGGAGGAGGAGCGCUUUGCUCGCGAGGAGGAGCGGCUGGAGGCCCUGCAAAUACAACAAGAGGAGCAACGGAAAGAGCUGCGUGGUUUCAUCGAAUCAACCGUCCAGCAGGAGAUGCAGGAGGAGCUUGAGGCGAGCCAGAUCAACUUUGUUGAUGACGAUGACGAGACGGCCAAUAAGGAGGAGGAAUUCGAGCACUGGAAGCUGCGCGAGCUGAAGCGGAUCAAGCGCUUUGAGGUUGAGCGGGUGCACGCGAUGACGGAGGAGGAGCGGGAAGAGUAUUUCAAGGCCAACCCCAAGCUGGUGACAAACAAGGCCGACAAGGGCAAGAUGGGCUUCAUGCAGAAGUACUACCACAAGGGCGCUUUCUUCCAAGACGAGGACAGCGAGCUGUUCAAGCGAGAUGUCACUGCGCCGACACUCGAGGACAAAUUUGACAAGACCGUACUGCCAAAAGUCAUGCAGGUUAAGAACUUUGGACGCAUGGGUCGCACAAAAUACACACAUCUUGCAGACCAAGACACAACAGACAGGUCUGCGCCGUGGUUUCAGGAUAAAAAGUUGGUUGAGAAGACCAUGGCAAAACUGGGUGGCCAUAAGCAGGACUUUGAUCGACCUGCUGCGAAGAAGAAGAAGCUGUAGCUCGCUUGAUGUGACAGAGGGACAGAGAGAGAGAGAGAGGAGGGAGGGAGGGAG